CUACACAUAUUGUAUUUUAUUCACAAAAKUCGGCAGCAUGACCUCAUGACAAGCACGUUGAUUUGUUUUUUUUUCUGAUUUMGCAUUUCUUGAUAUUUUGUUCUCUCCUGUAGUUCCUAAAUGGACUACUGGUUCCUCUUGUUGUAUUGUUAAUCUUCACUCGACAGUUAUCUGUCAGUCGCACUUAUAAUGCUCUUGAUUAUCAUUUUGCCUACAUUUUCCGCUACCGUCUGAAACGCGCUCGCGUCGUCAAUAAUAAUAUUAUUUACCGCCAUCGUGUCGUCGUCAUUAUUAUUAUUAUUACUAUUAUUCGUGUAGUAGUAGUACAGCAUCAUCACUCAGCAGCAGUUGAUCUCGUGAAAUCGAUGCCGCCAWUCAAACAAUAGCCGAAUUUACGUGCUAUUUGUGCGGAAUAUACCUGUUUUGUCUACGCUUACUUGUCUAGUGGUAACAAUAUAAUAUUGCUACCGAUUUUAUUGUAACCAGUAUCAAUUUCGAAGCUAUGAAUUUUCCACGUGUCCCAGUCACUUGAAGUACGCUGACRAUGGACAAAAACGUCGUGGUCGAGGAUGACAUCAGCUCAUUGAUYGGACAUUUUGCAAAGGAGACAUUCAAAUGCACCAACAGUGAUUCGUUUGGUUUUGAUGUUAUGGAAAAAUGUCUAAAUCUGUUGCGUCUGGACUACAAAUUUAUGAUUAUUGAUAACAGUAAAGGUCGUAUUAAUGAGCAAUAUCCACAUAAAAUACCAAUUUUACAACAUGAAAGGUUUCCAAGAGGUCCAAGAACUUCAUCUAGUUCUGUUGAUGACGUUUCACCAAAAGGAAAUUCCACUCGAAAAAGAAACAGUUUAGGUGCUCCUUCACCUAGUAAUCAUUCAUCUCCUGAACCAUUUGUGCGAUCUCAAUCACCAAGACUUAAUAGCCCCCAAAAAACUAGUGAAGUAGUUGGUACUGAUGUUGUAUUAAUUGAUACAUUGAUUAAUGAAGCCAAAUUUGCACGAUGUCGCAACCGAUUUGUUGUGCCGGUUAUAUUAUACCAAGGAAAAUAUAUUUGCAGGUCUUCAACAAUAGCAAGAAUGACUGAAAUAGGUCUGGGAACUGCAACAGCGAAAGGUCUAUCUUUUGAGGAAUUUCGGCAAUUGGACAAAAAAAGAAAAUGUGAUGUAGAAUUACUUAAUGCUUGGAAAGUAGGAACUAUAAUUGAUUUAAUGGUUGAAAAUGAAAAGCAGAAAUAUUUAUUUGCUGUAACAUCUUCCGAAAAAGUAGAUGAUACUCAAAAAUAUGCCGUGUUCCGUAUUAUACCUACACCAUACCCUGGAUGUGAAUUUUUCCAUGAUUUUAAGAAAAACAAUUAUAACUCUGAAGGAUUAAUGUUUGAUUGGUCUGAUCCAUCUAUUGAUUCAACACUUAAUGUGAAACCUAAUCCUGCUGUUGAUCAGUUGGAUAUUCAAUGGAGUAAAUACAAGGAGUGGGAUUUACGGCAACUGACUGAAAACUACUUAAGUUUGAUGUUAAAAUAUGUUUGGUGUUCAUCAAAAGGAAUAUUAAUCCAUUGCAUCAGUGGCUGGGAUCGUACACCUAUGUUUAUUUCACUAUUAAGAAUGUCGUUAUGGGCUGAUGGUGUUAUCCAUAAAUCAUUAUCUCCUAGCCAGAUUCUUUAUUUAACACUUGGUUAUGACUGGUAUUUAUUCGGACAUAACCUUGAAAAUCGUCUUGAAAAAGGAGAAGAUAUAAUGCAUUUUUGUUUUCAUUUCCUUAAGUACAUAUUUAGUGAUGAUUUCAAGACACCUUCUAAGCCUUCUGCAGUUACGGCACCAAGUAGUCCAAAAUAUUCCUCACACAUGAGUGAAUUUGAUUUAACUGAUUUGGAUCAAUUAGAUAUUCGUUCACGCAAUAAUAGUAAUGGAAGUAAUGAAGAUUUAACAAAUGGUAAGUCCUAUGAUACAUUGGAUGAUAAUAAUUCGCAAUUUGAUUUUGAACAAUCAGCAACAAAUAAACUAAAAUCAAUAAAAAAACCGGCAGAGAAGUUUUUUAUAAAAGAAACAAUAUAUGAAAUGGAAGACAUCGAGGACAUUGAUGAUGAUGAUUUUAUUAUGUCUGAUGAAGUAGAAACGAAACGGUAUAAAUGCUCAUCACCUCGCAGGCGGCAUCGUUCAGUUAGGUCUCCAGAAUUAGAUUUUGAUUUUGAUGAUUGUGAAAUCCCAUCCAAUUUAGAUAGAACUAUGCCGGUUGAUAUGCCUACUUCACAUAAACAUAUAAGAACCUAUUCAAAUUCAAGUGAGACUGAUGAGUGGUCAAUGGUAACUCAAACUGGUAGCUUGAAUGGUAAUGAUAUGUCUGARAAUAGAUUUCGACCUAUUUCAUCACGAGAAAACAGAUUAUCUGCUGUCAGAGAAUUAUUCCAUAAAUGUUACAGUACAUAUGGCUACAAAACAGACGGCCCAGAAGAAUUAAAAUUGGUCUAUUUAAAGUCUCGCCAUUUUGUGAUGUAUUUAGGACUUCAUAUAAUGCUUAUUGACCAACUACAUUUACAUUGAAUUUUAAAUAUUGUCACAGUUAAAAAUUAAUUAUGAUAUCAAUAAAAUUAUUUUCACUCAAGUUUUGUGAAAUAAUACUACAAUAAAUGAUAAUUUAUAGCUUGUUGCUAUGAUUUUAAAAGACAUUGGAAUUAAAUAAUACUAUAUGGUAUAUGAAAAAUCUGUAUUAUGUUUACGCCAUAUAAGUUUGUUGUACAGAAAAUAUGAAACAUAAUUUUGAUGUUCAAUAUGUUAAUUAUUUAUGAAAAAUAU